AUGCGAUGCGAUUCACCGUCGUGCCACCUAGGUCCCUACUGUUGGCUGGAUCCAAUGGGAAAGAAGCACUAUCAGCUCAAAACACAUCACCUGAGGCGCCUCGUGACUUACGUUGAAAAGGGUGGCGUUCUGGACUCGCACAAAGAUGUGCCUGAAGCGGUUCGAGAAGAACUAUAUAUGGAAGAACAACAGAAAAUGGAGAAAGACAAGCGCAAGGGAGACCCCUACCUUGGUUGGGGAGGCCCAUACCCUCCCAUCAAUAUCAACGUUCUGCCAUCACAGUCUCCGGUCCCCGGAAUGGAAGUUUCCAGAAAGGCCGAUGAUGCGUCUACUAUGGAUUCGUUGGAAAUCCCCGGACCCAGGGACCGAGCAGUUAAAGAGUACGGUGAAUGGCAACAAUCACAUGUCACUGAUGAUGGCCUCAAGGAUGCGUUCCGACAAGCGUGCGAUGUGAUGCUUGACGAUGGUCUGGAUCUCGAGCAGGUCUACAAAGACCGUGACCCGGAAUUCUUCAUCGGCAAGGGAAUCAAGAAGGGCAUUGCUCGUCGUUUCGUAGAGGAUAUUCCAAGCUGGGUCCAGAACGUGAAGAAGCCAAUGCAUGUUUAUGAAGUCGUUUAG